GAAGAGAUUCUCUGUGUGGGUCAAACAGGACAUUGAUGUGAAGAGCAGAUGUUCAUCUGAUGAUGACAUCACUGUUUAGUCAUCAUCUUUUAGUCUGUUUAUCAGUCUUUAUUAGUCUGAUUUAACUACAACUGAUCUGAUUCUUUCUCUCAUCACAGACUAGUGGGCUGUAGUCUCACACAGACUGAAUGUGAAGUUGUGGACUCAGCUCUGAAGUCCAACCCCUCCCUGACUGACCUGGAAAUAGAUCAGAUCUAUGAUAGAUGGAGAACCAUUGGAGACUCUGAGAUGAAGCGUCUCUGUGAGAUCCUGGAGACUCCAUUCUGUAAAGUAAAGACGCUGACAUUGAUGGGCUGCAGUUUGUCAGAGAUCAGCUGUAAGCAUCUGGUCUCUGCCCUGAAGUCCAACCCGUCCCAUCUGACAGAACUGGACCUGAGUCAGAACAACCUGAAAGAUGGUGGAGUGAAGGAGCUCUGUGGUUUCCUCCAGACUCCCCUCUGCAAACUACAGACACUGAGAUUGUAUAGCUGCAGUUUGUCAGAGAUCAGCUGUAAACAUCUGGUCUCUGCCCUGAAGUCCAACCCGUCCCAUCUGACAGAACUGGACCUGUGUGACAACAAAGACCUGAAAGAUGGUGGAGUGAAGGAGCUCUGUGGUUUCCUCCAGACUCCCCUCUGCAAACUACAGACACUAAAUUUGUGGGACUGCAGUUUGUCAAAGAUCAGCUGUGAACAUCUGGUAACGGCGCUGAAGUCCAACCCGUCCCAUCUGACAGAACUGGACCUGACAGAGAACAACCUGAAGGAGUCAGAUGUUCAGCAGCUGCAGGAUCUUGUAAAGAGUCCAGACUACAAACUGAAAACUCUGAGGUGGAACUGAUGAUCUUAGUGGAGGAGAGAAGCUGAGCUGUCCUGAUGAUCCAGAGGUUGAAGCUGCAGCAGUUUGACUUUAAAGAGACUCUGACUGGAUCCUGAUGAUGAACUCUGACCUUAGAGAUGU